AUGAGUGCUCACGACCUUGAUAGUGCUCACGAUGGCGUCACCGUCCAACAUCCCCCGGCAUCAAAAGAGACAGAGCCUUCUACAGAGUCCCCUCUACAAUCGAUAGAGACUCCUCUCAAAUUCCAGAUACCUGAAGAUUGCCGCACCUUCUCGCCUUUUCCUCGCCUGCCGCCAGAGAUACGUGCCCAGAUAUGGCAAGCUACCCUGGAGACUCCUGGCAUGCACUUUCUCAAAAUCGACACCGACUGGCACCCGUCAACAGGGCUUGGAAAGUGGUGGCUCAAAGAGCCGAUGUUCCUCCACGCAACUGCUGAAGAUCACGAUGAGGAUGUUGAUUCCAUGGCGCUCGAGGUCAGAAGAGAAGCUCGCCCUACUGCCAAGGUGUAUGGUACACUGAAACCUCUCUACCCCACUCCACAAGCCGAUAUCUCUUAUUACACGAAUCUCCAUCAGCAGCUCACCAAACUUUCCGUUACAUGCAACGAAGCUGCCGCUGUAGCCAAGUCUCUUACAAAUCGGCCUUCGACUUUCCGCCUUAACACUGGCCGGAUCGUUAGUCUCAACGCCCUCUCCGAUGUCAUCUAUCUUGAAUACGUCCCACCUGAGGUCUACGAAGACAGCAUACGCUUCAACAAGGUUCUGAACUGCUCAGGGCUCGAUCAAAUUCGAAAGGUCGCGGUCAGAUACUGCCACAAAUGGUAUGAGCAACAAUCGCCCAGGCGAUGUCCAAACUGCGGCCUAAUCCACAGCACUCCUGAUAAAGUCAGGUACCCGAAGCACUUGUACAGAUUCUUGGCCCAAUAUCUCCCCAAUCUGGAGCAGUUCUUCUUUGUCGAUUACCUCAUUCUACGUAAAUCCGACCUCAAUGCUGCCACAGAUCGCCACGGGUUUCAGAGCAACUUGAAAGCGAAAGCUGGCACAUGCAGGUUCGAGGGCGGGAACAGAAGCUACUUCGAAGCCGAUACGCAAGAUUGGACCAUCAGCUCCCGAGUUCUUCAAGUCAAAUCCUGGCUACAAGAGAACUUUGUCAAAUACGCCAAGUCGAGCAGCCUGAGCGCCCACAAGAACCCAGAGCAGGUCGAGUUCGGCGUGCUCGCUUGCGAAUGGAAUGUCGAACCACCAUCAGAACCAAAGAAGGCACUAGCGACACCGAUUAAGAAAGGAAGAAAUAAGAGGGCCAAUAGCGAGGAGCACACUUUAUCAAGGACGAUUCGACGAGGCUCGACGCCAACGGUAUCACGUCCUGUCGCCGAUAGCCUCCCACUCGACGUGGCUAUCAAUUUCCCGUUCGUUUUCGACGCAGGUGGCAGCAACCAAUUUGAAUUCACCUUUUCUAUGUCCCUAUAA